AUGUUCGACGCACAGACACACAAGGCAGCUGUACCUCCGCAUGAUAACACGCCCAUCAUGGAAGAGAUGCUGCGGUUGCGACACGAGCUAGCGCAGCUGCUAGGGUACAACAGCUACGCCGAAGUCAGCUUGCUGGACAAGACGGCGCCGUCCGUGUCGGCCGUCGAAGCCCUCAUUUUUGAUCUUCGUGACAAAUGCCUCGCCAUUUCCAAAGUCGAGAUGGCCGAAGUUGCCGACUUUGCUCUCAAGCACGGGCAAGAGGAACCACUGGAAGAGUUCGACAUUGCGUACUGGACCCAACAGUUGCGUCAGGCGCGCUACAACUUUGACGGCGAGCAGCUCAAGCCAUACUUUCCCAUGACCAAGGUGCUCAGCGGAUUGUUUGACUUUGUCUUGGAAUUGUUUGGGAUCCGCGUGGAGCCCGCCGACGGCGUCCAAGAAACGUGGCACCCUGACGUUCAGUUCUUUCAAAUGCGAGCGGUCGAAGCCCCCGGCGAGCCUGUGAUCGCGCAGUUUUUCAUGGAUCCAUACGCCCGCCCUGGGGACAAGAGGCACGGGUGCUGGAACGAAGUCGUUGUGAGCCGGAGCAAAGUGCUGCGUACGGAGCUCGCCAGCGUCCGGCUGCCGGUGUUUGCGCUCAUGAACACGCUGACCCCGCCGGUCGACGACAAGCCCGUCUUGAUGUCGCAUCGGGAAGUCGAAUUGCUCCUGCACAACUUUGGCUACGGCCUCCGCGCUGCGCUUUCCUCUGCCGAUUACACGGCAGCGUCUCAACCUUAUGGCAUCGAAUGGGACGCUGUGGAAAUCCCGUCCAUGUUUCUUCGAAUGUUUUGCACUAGUCGACGUAAGCGCCACCUUGUCUUGAUCUCGUUUCAGUGCCCACCAUGA